AUGCCACUCCCCAAUAAAAUGACCCCGACACCUCCUUCUACAAACCCGUCGAGUGCUGGCCACUCGCCAGAUUAUAGAAUCAUUCGCAAACGAAACCGGGUACCUCUGUCAUGUGGGCCUUGUCGGCACAGGAAACUGAAAUGCAAUCGUUCAAACCCCUGCGAAAACUGUAUCAAACGAGGCGACGCCGCCUCAUGUAACUAUGCGCAAGCCAACUCACGCAAGAAGAACUCGGCCCAGCAGUCGUCUAAUACCCCUGAUGAUAUGCAGAAUCGCAUCGAUCGGUUAGAAGGCUUGGUUCUGUCCUUGAUGACAAAUGGGUCUCAAUCUGCUGGUCCGGCUGCUGCCAUGGCAGCCCUCUCGGAGGAGAGCAGUGCGGGAUCAACUCGGUUUUCCCAUGAGCACGAGAUGGAGGAAGAGGGCAUGGAGGGUGCUGAUGAGAGUGAUACAGAUCAAGUGACCAAGUCAUUUGGUAUCAUGAAAAUGGAUAAUAACAAAUCCUACUACAUCAGUGAUGCUCAUUGGGCUUCUGUCUUGAAUGAUAUCUCUGAAGUGCGAAGUUUCUUCACAACACACAAGAAGCAGCUCGACGAGCAGCUACUGAAAGUAAAAGCAGCUCAGCCGGAUCAUGAUGUACCAGGCUCGACUUUGUUGUUUGGUGCAAGCAAGCCGAUGAGCCGUGCCGAGAUCAUGACUGGCUUGCCAUCUAAGUAUACAACUGAUAUCCUCGUAGCUCGCUACUUCAAUUUCCGUGACCCGGCAACCGGUAUUCUUCAUAGCCCCUCAUUCCAAGCACAGUACAAUAAACACUGGGAAGAUCCUGCCAAAACAGAACUUGUGUGGAUUGCCAUGCUCUUCGGAAUGAUGAGAUUAGCAAUGCUAUCUUACCAUCAAGAAAAUGACGAGCCGCCUGAAUUCCGAGGCAAGUCCAUCGAUAUGGCAGGGGGAUUCCGAAAUCAUGUAGCACAGUGUUUAACAUUGGCGGAUUACACAAAACCUCACCCAUUUUUGAUUGAAGCGCUCAUAUUCCACUUGAUGGCCGACUUCUCUCAGGCUCGAGAGGCGGACGUCUCGAUCUGGGUCAUGACGGGCGUCAUUGCCCGCUUGGCAAUGCGCUCAGGAUAUCACCGUGACUCUAAAAUGUUCUCAAACAUCACACCUUUCCAGGGUGAAAUGCGACGGCGAGUGUGGACUUUUGUGCGCCAAGCCGAUCUUCUGUUCUCAUUCCAGGUCGGCUUGCCGAGUAUGAUCCGCUCUACAGAUAGCGAUACUGAGCUACCAUGCAAUUUGUACGAUGAAGAUUUCGACGAAGACUGCAAGGAGCUCCCGCUACCUCGUCCAUUGAGUGAACCAACCACGAUAUCAUAUUUGAUUACCAAGGGACGCCUGACGUAUGCCUUCGGUCGUGUGAACGAACAGAACUCUGCUAUCUCGUCAGCCCCGUACGAGAAGGUCAUGGAAACUGACGCGGAACUUCGAGAAGCGAGGGACUUGAUUCCUGACCACCUGCGCAUUCGGCCUAUGGAUCAGUGCCAGUCAGAUUCUGCGAGUCUCAUCAUGUCGCGAUUUUCUAUAAUGUCUAUAUACAACAAAGCUCAAUGCGUGCUUCAUCGCCCAUACCUUGUUCGCGCUCGAGAGAAUCCUAGGUUUGUCUAUUCUCGAAGGACAUGCAUCGACUCGGCAAUGGAGUUAUUGCAUACCCAGGCGCUCAUGCACGAGGAAUCACGCAAUGGACGUCUAAGAAGUCGUGGGACUCGAAUCAGUUCCCUCACUUCAGCCGAUUUCUUACUCGCAGCCACCAUUGUCAGUCUCGACUUGUACCAUGGUCUGUCACUUCAGGUGAGUGGACGACCAUCCGGUGACACCUACACCUGGGGUCGAGAGCGGCGCGACGAAAUGAUCGCUGCAAUCCAACUCUCGAAAGAGAUCUGGGAUGAGUCGCGCGAUGAGAACAUGGAGGCCUGGAAGGGAUCCAGCGUCCUCGGGGUGAUGCUCAGCAAGUUGCGCAUGACGGUCCCAAGCCUUGAAAAUAGCGCUGGAGCUGCUCCAUUCGAGCCACAAGACGAGAAGCAAAAUGCGGCCAUGACUCUCGGUUUACUGAGUAGCGGGAUGAGUCCGCUGAACCCGGGCCCGCCGUCAUUCACUGAUUCCAUGUUCAAAAUGGGAGAUUCGCCAAUGAGAACAGGGGCAAAUGGCCUAGGCGGCUCGGCCGAAAUGCCGGGUGCGCUUUCGCCGUUUAGCAGCAUGUUUGGACAGAUGCCGGAUACGCAGGUCAAUCUUGAUUGGGAUGCUUGGGACACAUACAUCCAAAACCCUACCUUUGACACAUCAAAUCAAUUCUGGCCUAUGAUCGAUACACAGCGCCCACAGAUUCCACCGUCUGGAAGCAUGUCACAAACUUCGAUAUCCAGUCCCCUCGCCUCGACGCGGGUAUCAUCAGUGUCUAGUGCUCUCCCGCGACUACCUACGAUGUUCUCACCACCAUCCAGCAGUCCGGACAGUGCAGGUGUGCCACUAACAGCGCAUUGCUUCCGCCGGGCCGUUUCUCGGCUUCAAUUGUCCUCAGUCGUUGCCACUUCAUCAAAUAUCACUUCUCGUGCAGUGUUGCGCUCAACAUGUCCCACUUCGAUGCUCGCCGCUUCGCGUAUCGCCUAUCCAUCAAUCACCCAGGCACGAUGGAACUCCACCGAAGACGGUGAACAAAAGGCUCCAGUCCGAUACGUUGAAUCCGUCACACCAGAGGGAUUGCGCCUGGAGAAGCAGGAGCGCCGACGCCAAUAUGUGAGCGAAGGCCCCGUGCCUAAGACCACUCUGUACGUCGGUAAUCUCUUCUUCGACGUUACCGCCGAGGACCUGCGCAAGCAGUUUGAGAAAUUCGGCGCCGUGGAGAAUGCACUGAUCGUGCACGAUGCUCGCGGACUGAGCAAAGGUUUCGGCUACAUUACAUUCAGCACCGUCGAGGAAGCCACAAGCGCCAUCACGCAGCAGCACGGCGGCAUCCUCGAAGGCCGCGAGGUGGUCGUCCAGUUCGCCAACACCACAUACAAGUCCCAGGCCGACCGCAAGCCCAGCAAGACCCUCUUCAUCGGCAACAUCCCCUACGAGUUGACAGACCAGGAUCUGCAGGAGCUGUUUGAGGACAUCCCCGAUGUUACCGAUAUCCGUAUUCCCGUCGACCGUCGCACGGGCUUGCCCCGUGGAUUCGGACACGUCGAUUUCGCCAACCAGAACAGCGCUACCCACGCUAAGGAGGUCCUCGCCCGCAAGGCGCCUUACGGCCGCAAGUUGAAUGUCAGCUUUGCUAAGCGCAAGGUGCUCUCGCCUGAGGACCACGAGCGCCACCAGCAGAAGAAGCUGGCUAAGAAGCACCAGGUCCAGCAACAGCGCAACAGUGAGGCGGGUUCGGGCGUCAGGGAGGUCAGGGAGGUGAGAGAGGUUGGGGAGAUUUCCCAAAAGGAGUAG